GUCAUUUUCGCGCGCCGACUCUGCCAGUCAUCAAAUGUGAACUGCUAGCAUUUAGCUCUGCAAAAUCAUGAUAAAAUGCCUAUUUGCUGGCUCAUCAGCGAAGAGGGCAAUCACAAACCCAUUCGGCUGCCUCAUUUACAGACAGUUGUUGUGGGUCGAGGCCCAGAAACGACAAUCAAAGAUAAAAAAUGUUCAAGGCAACAAGUUGAGCUGAGAGCUGAAUGCAACAAAGGUUAUGUGAAAGUUAAACAGCUGGGCUUAAACCCCACCUCUGUAGAUUCUGUGGUGGUGGGUAAAGGCAAAGAGGUCAAAAUAAAGCCUGGACAGCACCUCCAUGUUGUCAAUCACCUUUACCCAUACACCAUACAGUUUAAAGAAGACCCCAGAAGAAACCAGGGCGACACCAAAAGACCAAAGGAUCCUGCUUUGGGAGAUGGAGAAAGCCAGAGAGCUGCUCAGAGUAUGAAAGCAGUGAAACCGACAGAAAAGGUGCCUGUGUCGGUCGGUCAUGGAGGAGCCACAAAAACAAAUGAAAAUGUUGGACAUUGGAGCCAAGGUCUGAAGGCAUCAAUGCAAGACCCCAAGUUGCAGGUUUACAAAGAUGAUGACGUUGUUGUGAUUAAAGACAAAUACCCCAAGGCCCGCUACCACUGGCUGGUCCUCCCAUGGCAGUCGAUUCCCAGUCUGAAGGCGCUUCGCAAAGAGCACUGCAAUCUGCUGAAACACAUGCAGCAGGUGGCAGACCGCUUGAUCCAGCAGUGCCCAGAUUGCGACUCACUAAGCUUUCGAACAGGCUACCACGCCAUCCCGAGCAUGAGUCACCUUCAUCUUCAUGUGAUCAGCCAGGACUUUGACUCUCCUUGUUUAAAGAACAAGAAACACUGGAACUCCUUUACAACCAACUAUUUUAUAGAGUCUCAUGAUGUCAUUGAGAUGCUUGAAAAAACUGGGGAGGUCAGUGUGAAGGAGGGCUCCAGUGAGCUGUUGAAGCUGCCUCUUUCCUGCCAUCUGUGUCGCAACGAGUUUCCCACCAUGCCUGCCCUGAAGGAGCACCUCAAAUAUCACUUCAGCAAAUAAUGUGAACCCUAAACUACGAUUCUUAGGGUUUUCAAUACCGUAUUCAGAGAAUGUUAAAAAAUAUUUUGUUCCUGUUUUGUAAAAAUACGUAGUUGCAGUAAGAACUUUAGUUGAGGUUUCGACCUGUCACUUGUUUACAUUUUCAAGAAAGGUCAUUGUCAGUGUGCAAGCAUUCAUUUUUGGAUACUUUGAUCAGAUAUUAGAACAAGUAAUCAAUAUUUUAUUUUAUUUUUUGCUUUUAUUUUAUCACAUUUAAUUGAUAAAUGUGUUGCAUUAAACGUUUUACAAGAACUGAAUACUUUUUCAUUGUUCAGAAUAAAAGUUUUGUUCUCAUUUUUCUUUUUUUUAUUUUAUUGAAUCAAAUGUGARGUGUAUGCAAACAAUGAAAUACUGCAUUAAAAAAGUGCUACUUUCAUA